AUGUCAGAAUCGAAAGGAAUUUCUCUGAGGACAAAACGAAAAGGUGGCCGUCCGGCAAUCAGCGCGCCACAGCAAAUCUCUGGUCCGGUACCACAGGUUGAAGGUGCUCCACGCAGCACUGGUGGAAAGGCAUCAUUCGAAGCUGCUCCUCCGCAGUCUCGUCCACCACAGGCGCGGCCACAAAUAAGUGGAAAAACAUCUGAUCUUGUCAAACGAAGAUAUUCCACACGAUUUAACAACUUACCGAACGACUUUGAUGCAACCGCACCUCCUGUCCCUUCAAUACCGUCAAUUCCUAGUCAAUAUGCACCUACAAGUGCUAGCAGAGGAGGCGGUCGAGGGCCCUCGCCUGGCAGGGGACCAGGACUGACUGUUGAUGUUAAAGCUUUAAGGGACCCAAGUUUGCGACCAGAAAAGUACGUGGCUAGUUUGCUUGGGACUGCGUCGGAGCAGGAAAUCGAUGAGUACCAGCAGUCUUUGAAGAAAAUGCGUAACCGAACAUCUAUCGACCUACAGCAAAAUGUCUACCAAAAUCGAACCCAGUUCAUAAAGAUCAGUAAAGAGGCGGAGAAAUUGAAGAGUGAAAUGCGUGCUCUCAGGAAUCUCAUGUCCGAACUUAAGACCAACACCACAGCCCUCAGGACCGCGUCAUCGCAAGGAUCUGCUUCCAAUGACUUCGAGACGGGUUUUCCAUCAACUCUAAGUAAAAGAGAUAAAAGGAGUUCUGUCGCUGACCGCACAGCAAUGUGGAACUCACAGCUCCAGGCCCUAUGGAAAAAUGUUGAAGGCUCGCAAAAGUUUCUACCUGCUCUUCCCGGCAGACAUGUAGUACAGAACGCCGGUAUGUGGAUAGAGUUGGACAGCGCCACCUGGAAGUCAAGGCGAGCAAUGCAAUUAUUCCUUCUCAACGACCAUCUUCUAGUAGCGUCGCGGAAGAAGAGAAAGGUUGAAGGUAGUGCUGCGGAUCAGCGAAAUGCCCCCUCAAAACUUGUUGCGGACAAAUGCUGGCCACUUCUAGACAUAGAAAUUGUUGAUCUGGCAGGAAGUAGUGAGUCGAUGGGUAGUAGAAACAAGGUUGGAGAUGCCAUAUCUAUCAGAGGCAUGGGUCAAGAUUCGCACACCUACAAGAUGGAGAAACCCGGCGAUAACGAUAAGCGCACCUUAAUGAUGAACUUCAGGAAAGCAGUCGAGGAGCUUCGUAAAGGACUUCGAUCGGAGCUGGAGUCAAGCAAUAAGGCCAAGGAGACUAUCAACUACUUUGCUUCCCGUGACCCUGGGCUUCUAAAGAAGACCGAGUUGCUCGAGACCUUGUCUGAUAUCAAAGACAUGCUUAUCGACGUCGACGGUAAGCAGCAAAAUCUGCGUUGGGUGGAAAGCCAAGUCGAUGAACUUGACAUUGAUAUCGCGCUGCAGCGAUUUGGUGAUGCCGUUCAGCGAGUAGAUAAGCUCAAUAUACUUGCUAAAGGUUUGAAGAGCAACGCUGUCGCCCAGGAUUUUAUAAGUUUCAAGGCCGAUGAGAGAGCCACCAAGCUUGCAGGUCUUAUCACUCGUGAGCUCGUGGAUACCCACAACGAACCAAAGAAAACUCUGCGCAACAUCACCUGGUUGGCUAGGUUAGGAUUUGAAGACCGUGCAAGAGAAGCUUAUCUUGAGGCUCGAGGAAAUACGAUUCAUAAACGUUCCAGGCAAUGCAUAUUCGAGGGUAAUCUCAACCAGUAUAUAUGGGAAUUGUCUUUCGUAUACUUUACUAUCAUCAAAAAUACGGUCUCAACAUUCCUGCAAUGUUUUCCACCGCUUUUGAUGAGUGCUUGUGUAAAAUGGGCAAAGGAGCAGGUGGAUGACUUCAAUACUAUCCUUGCACGCCAACUCAGUAGCACUGAACGCGAAGGUCAGGUGUGGACGGAGUGUAUAGAUCAGGCACGAGAGCAUGCAAAUAUGCUUUCAGAAGUUGGCUUGGACUUUAAGAGCCUCAUUGGUCGUGAUCCAUCUACCCAACAGAGAAUCGGUGGCCCAGCGGGACUAGGCUUAUCAUAG